AUGAUUUAUGGGCGCCGGCAGCGGGCGGCGGGCGGCGGGCGGCAGACGGCAGACGGGAUUAGAAUAGACCUCUCCUUAUGUAAAAUCUUCCUAGUUGUAAACAGUUGCGCGCCCCUGCCUGAUCUGUGCCGCGAGCAGGCGACGCUCGGGCGGCGGGCGGGCGGCAGUCUAUGCGAAAUGGCGAGGAGACCGAUCCUAUACACGUCACUGCUCUUCUUUGUAGUCGGCUGCGGGCGCGCGGCGGGCGCGUGCGUCAACGCGUCGGCGCAGCUGGAGCUCAUGCUGGCGGAGUACGAGCGCGCGGAGCCGCCGCCGGCCGCGCGCGUGCGCGCCGCGCUCGACGUGCAGCACGCGGCCGUCGACGACCGCGCCGCCAGCGUGCGCCUGCUGGCCGCGCUGCACCUGAACUGGGAGGACAAGCGGCUGUCGUGGAACGCGAGCGCGUGGGGCUGCCGCUACUCGAUGACGGCCUCGGAGAAGCUGUGGCUGCCCGACGUGAGCGCGCUGAACGCGGUGACGGGCGGCGCCGCGGGCGGCGUGGGGCUGCGCGCGCGGCUGGCGAGCGAGGGCCGCGUGUCGUGGGUGCUGCGCUUCGACCUCACGGCGCCGCUGAGCCUGGCGCUGGAGGCGUGGCCGCGCGACGUGCAGCGCGCCGUCUUCAAGUUCGGCUCCAGGCACCACGCCGCGCCCUACAACUUGACCAUCGAGGAUUUGACGCACGCGACGGUGUUCGAGUCGGGCACGUGGGAGCUGCUGCAGGUGACGAGCGAGGAGAGCGCGUGGCGCGGCGGCGACGUGGCGCAGUGGACCGUGACGCUGCGGCGGCGCGCGGCGGCGCACGCGCUGGCGGCGGGCGGCGCGCUGGCGGCCGCCGUGCUGCUGCUGCUGGGCGCCGCGCUGCUGCCGCCCGCCGAGCGCCCCGCGCUGUGCGCGCUGGCGGCCUUCACUGCCGCGCUGUGGCUGACGGCGGCGCUGGCGCGCGUGCCGGCGGCGGCGGAGGCGCCCCGCUGCAUGCGCCUGCUGAACACGGCGUGCGUGUGCGCGGCGCUGCUGGGCGCGGGCGCGGCGCUCGUGCGGCGCGUGGCGGAGUGCUCGUCGCCGCCGCCCGCCGCACUCUACAAGCUCGCGCCGCCCGAACGCGCGGCGGGCUGGAGCGCGUGGGCGGCGGCGGCGCAGCUGCUGGACCGCGCGCUUCUCGCCGCCGUGUCGGCCGUGCUGCUCGUCGUGCUGUGCAUGUUCCUGAGCGCCCUCUAGCGCCGCGCACGGCAGCCUACAGCAGCGGCCGGCGUCAGCGUCAGCGUCAGCGUCAGCGUCAGCCGGUUGUUAAUGCGAUUUAUGAACAUUCUAAAGUGUAACUCUGGUCACUACAAAACUAACAAUAAGAAUAGUGUAAGGAGUGAUGUCAUAUUUUAGAGUUAA